CCUCAACGGUUGCCAGCUUGUUUUCGCAGUGUCUGUAAACCUGCACAUCCACCACUUCUCGAAGAGGCUCCUAAAGGCGUAAGUGACUGGAUCUGCGCGAAAUCCGCAUCAGGUAAGGGCAGCCCUACAAUAUUCUGUUUCGGGCAGUUGUAGAGCGAGCAACCGCACAACAUCUCAUCCGCUCGCUGCUCGCUGACUUCCUAGGCGAUACCGUAAGCACUACAAUGGCCGUACGUGACCUGAUCAGAGUCUCGAGACUUCCUAGUCCUUGUCGAAUGGCAUCAGAGGAUGUGCGCCGCUUCUGACACGGUAGCGAAAGGGCGCGAUGACGUUUGAAGUUUGCUGGUCAAGUAUCUCAGGUAUACACCGUGGAUGACAAGGCUCAACGUCGUGGCCACUUCGCCCUGAGCGUAGAGUAUGUCAAAGAUGCAGCAAGACCACGGCUGGGCGGCAGUCCCAAGGUCAUUUGAGAAGCUUCUUACCAGCGUCGAUAUGAAGAAGAACACCCAGCCGCUCAAGGUCGAAGACAUUGACCUGCCGAGCAGUGAGCUUGCGCAGCAGGUGCUUCGAUACGCGAAAGAGAAGCUGUCGAGUGAAACAUUCAAUCACAGCUUGCGAGUCUUCUACUAUGGCCGAGCAGUCACCAUGCAGCACUUCCCGGACUGGCGCUAUAGUGCGGAAACGUACCUACUAGCCUGCCUGUUACACGACAUUGGGACAGUUCCAGCUAACAUGACGUCUACACACCUCUCCUUUGAGUUCCACGGCGGGCUCAUCUCGCUGGAAUUACUGAAGUCUCUCCACGCUGAUAUCGAACAAGCUGAACUGGUGGCGGAGACCAUCAUCAGACACCAGGACAUCGGAGACUCUGGCAAUGUUACUACGCUCACGGCCAUCAUUCUGUUUGCGACAGUUCUUGACAAUGCCGGAUUAAACGGAGAAUUGGUGCACCAAGAGACCAUCAAAAGCGUGGUUGAUGCUCACCCGAGGAAUCAGUGGACUGACUGCUUCGCGAGCGUCGUCCGCAGAGAAUGCGAGCUCAAGCCAUGGGCAAACACUACGCGGAUCGAAGGGUUCGCAGAGAUGGUUGAGAAGAACGAGCUCAUGGCGCCUUAUGAUAGAUGAUGGUGCGCUACCAUUAAUUGCCUAAUACAGAUAUAAAUCGCAGGAUCCUCCCCACAGCCUUAUCCCUUC